AUCGUCUAUGAUUUAGUUUCGACAACAAUCCGGAAUGUGAAAGGAUCUAUAAAUACUAUGAAGCAGGAGAUACCGCGGGCAUAAAAUGGCGAGAAUAAGUGAGCAACACAGUUUUGUGACUUUUGUUACAAUUAACUAGUUCCAAGUAGUUAGUGUGUGGACAGAGCGGUAGAAGCCGCCACAGAUUCAAAAACGUUGAUUUCACAAGUUUAAAUUUGUGCCUGAUAGUAGAGGUCAAAAUGUCCAACAAACUAUACCUCUGGGAUGAGACCACUUCGCACAUUUCUACCCCUGCAAUGGCCGAGAAGGCGGCUUUCAUUUCAUCCAAGACUGCCGAGGAAAAAACAAAAGACGAAACUAAUAGACCCCCUGGCGGUACGGAUGAGGAUGAGAGAGGAGGAUGGGGAAAUAAAUUAGAUUUUCUGAUGUCGUGCAUUAGUUUGUCCGUGGGACUGGGAAAUGUGUGGAGAUUUCCAUAUCUGUGUUACAAGAAUGGAGGAGGUACCUUCCUAAUAACUUACCAUAUCGCAAUGUUUGUUUGUGGUAUCCCUAUAUUUUUCCAAGAAGUUGCCAUAGGCCAGUAUUUGGGAUCAGGAGGAAUGACGUUUGUGGGGCAACUAUGUCCACUCUUGAAAGGUGUAGGUUAUGCAACUAUGACGAUAGUAUUUUUAUUGGAUGUUUAUUACUGUGUGAUAAUAGCUUGGACGUUAUUCUAUAUAUUCAGCAGUUUUUCGGAUCCGUUACCUUGGUCUGACUGUGAUAAUUGGUGGAAUACUGAGAACUGCUUUGUGAGAGAUAGUAACUCAACAUCAUUGAAUUCUACGAAUUCGAAAAAUAAAUCGUCUCCUGUGGAGGAAUUUCUUGAUCGCAGGGUCUUGGGCCUAUCAUCAGGCCUGACUGAAACGGGAGGCAUUCAAUGGAAUCUGUUCAUACCACUCUGUUUGGGAUGGAUUACAGUAUACUGCAUCUUAAAGAAAGGACUCCAUCAAAGUGGAAAGGUAA